GACUGCGGGUAAUGUUGAUUAUUGUUCUCGUUUUUGUCUUAAAAACACCAACAAGCAAGUAUGGGAGUGGAGGACGGAGAUAACGUGUAGGUUGUAUGAGAGCCGAGGUUCUGCAGACCUGAAGUUGAAGAAACAAACAAUAAAGGCCAGUAGAGUACUGUGGAAGAAAAGUUGACAAGAAUGGAGUUUCCUCAGCAGCAGAAACCUGCAGAUGGAAAAAUCAUCUAUCCCCCCGGAGUCAAGGAGAUCACAGACAAAAUCACAAAUGAUGAAGUUGUCAAACGACUGAAGAUGGUGGUGAAAACGUUCAUGGAUAUGGACCAGGACUCGGAGGAUGAGAAGCAGCAGUACCUCCCAUUGGCUCUGCACUUGGCUUCAGAAUUCUUCCUGAGGAACCCAAACAAAGAUGUGCGGCUCCUGGUUGCCUGCUGCCUGGCAGACAUCUUUAGGAUCUAUGCUCCAGAGGCUCCAUACACCUCUCAUGAUAAACUCAAGGAUAUUUUCUUGUUCAUUACAAGGCAGCUGAAGGGCUUGGAAGACACCAAAAGUCCACAGUUCAACAGAUAUUUUUACUUGUUGGAGAAUAUAGCUUGGGUCAAAUCUUACAACAUCUGCUUUGAGCUGGAAGACUGCAAUGAGAUUUUUAUACAGUUGUUUAAGACUCUCUUCUCUGUCAUUAACAAUAGCCACAACCAGAAAGUACAUAUGCACAUGCUGGAUUUGAUGAGUUCUAUUAUCAUGGAAGGGGAUGGGGUGACUCAGGAAUUAUUGGAUUCCAUUCUCAUCAACCUUAUACCUGCACACAAGAACUUAAACAAGCAAGCAUUUGAUCUUUCUAAAGUUCUCCUGAAAAGGACAGUACAGACCAUUGAGACAUGUAUUGCCAAUUUUUUCAAUCAGGUUCUAGUGCUUGGAAAGUCAUCAGUCAGUGAUUUAUCUGAACAUGUAUUCGACUUGAUUCAAGAGCUUUUCGCCAUUGAUCCUCCUCUUCUGCUUUCUGUCAUGCCACAACUUGAGUUUAAGCUGAAGAGCAAUGAUGGAGAGGAGCGUCUUGCUGUUGUGCGACUUCUGGCUAAGCUUUUUGGAGCCAAGGACUCAGAACUGGCUACCCAAAACCGACCGCUUUGGCAGUGCUUUCUUGGAAGGUUUAAUGACAUCCAUGUGCCUGUUAGAUUGGAGUGUGUCAAAUUUGCCAGCCACUGUCUGAUGAACCACCCUGAUUUAGCCAAAGAUCUCACAGAAUUCCUCAAAGUUAGGUCUCAUGAUCCUGAGGAAGCUAUUCGCCAUGAUGUAAUUGUUACCAUAAUAACUGCUGGUAAGAAAGACCUUUGUCUUGUCAACGAUCAGCUGCUUGGGUUUGUGAGGGAAAGAACACUGGAUAAAAGGUGGCGGGUCAGGAAAGAAGCAAUGAUGGGACUUGCACAGCUGCACAAAAAAUAUUGCCUUCACCACGAGGCAGGAAAAGACGCUGCCCAGAAAGUGAGCUGGAUCAAAGACAAGCUUCUCCACAUCUACUAUCAGAACAGCAUUGAUGACAAGUUACUGGUGGAAAAAAUAUUCGCUCAGUACAUGGUUCCCCAUAAUCUGGAGACUGAGCAGAAAAUGAAAUGUCUCUAUUACCUGUACGCUUGCCUCGACCCUAAUGCUGUCAAAGCGCUCAAUGAAAUGUGGAAAUGUCAGAACAUGCUGAGGGGUCAAGUACGAGAGCUUCUGGAUUUGCAUAAACAACCAACUUCCGAAGCAAACAGUGCUGCUAUGUUUGGGAAGCUGAUGACUAUAGCAAAAAACCUUCCUGACCCUGGAAAAGCACAAGACUUCAUGAAGAAGUUCAACCAGGUUCUGGGUGAAGAUGAAAAGCUAAGGGUUCAGCUUGAGUUACUGAUCAAUCCAACAUGUUCCUGCAAACAGGCUGAAGUCUGUGUGAGGGAAAUAACCCGUAAGCUAGCAAAUCCAAAGCAGCCAACAAAUCCCUUCCUAGAAAUGGUCAAAUUCCUUUUGGAGAGGAUUGCACCUGUGCACAUUGAUUCCGAAGCCAUCAGUGCUUUGGUAAAACUGCUGAAUAAAUCAAUAGAAGGCACUGCUGAGGAUGAAGAGGAGGGUGUGAUGCCUGAUGCAGCCAUCCGAUCUGGGCUGGAACUGCUAAAGGUUCUGUCUUUCACUCACCCUACCUCCUUCCACUCUGCAGAGACUUAUGAAUCCCUCCUGCAGUGCCUCAAAAUGGAAGAUGAAAAGGUGGCAGAGGCAGCUAUUCAGAUUUUCAGAAACACUGGACACAAAAUAGAAACUGAACUUCCACAGAUUCGAUCAACCCUUAUUCCCAUCCUGCAUCAAAAGGCAAAGCGAGGUACACCUCACCAGGCUAAGCAAGCUGUCCACUGCAUACAUGCAAUAUUCCACAACAAAGAAGUACAGCUUGCACAGAUUUUUGAGCCCCUCAGUAGAAGCCUCAAUGCUGAUGUACCGGAGCAGCUGAUAACUCCCCUGGUCUCCUUGGGGCACAUCUCUAUGCUGGCGCCAGACCAGUUUGCGUCUCCAAUGAAAUCUAUUGUUGCUAACUUCAUUGUCAAAGACCUCCUCAUGAAUGACAGAUCUGUGGGCAAUAAGAAUGGGAAGUUAUGGUGUCCAGAUGAAGAGGUUUCUCCUGAAGUAUUGGCAAAAGUACACGCUAUCAAGCUGCUAGUACGCUGGUUGCUGGGUAUGAGAAACAAUCAGUCUAAAUCGGCCAACUCUACUCUACGGUUACUAUCGGCCAUGCUGGUCAGUGAAGGUGACUUAACGGAACAAAAGAAGAUCAGUAAAUCUGAUAUGUCUCGUCUGCGGCUAGCUGCUGGAGGUGCCAUCAUGAAGCUUUCACAAGAACCCUGUUACCAUGAAAUCAUCUCUCCAGAGCAGUUUCAGCUCUCUGCUCUUGUCAUUAAUGAUGAGUGUUACCAAGUAAGACAGAUAUUUGCACAGAAAGUGCACGUGGCCCUGGUGAAGUUACAGCUUCCUCUGGAGUACAUGGCCAUAUUUGCUUUGUGUGCCAAAGAUCCUGUUAAAGAGAGGAGGGCGCAUGCUCGACAGUGCCUGCUAAAAAACAUCAGUAUCCGAAGGGAGUAUAUCAAGCAGAAUCCAAUGGCUCAUGAAAAGCUGUUGUCUCUUCUACCUGAAUAUGUGGUACCAUACAUGAUCCAUCUCCUGGCUCAUGAUCCAGAUUUUACCAAGCCUCAGGAUUUUGAGCAGCUUCGUGACAUUAAAGAGUGCCUGUGGUUCAUGUUGGAGGUUCUGAUGACAAAGAACGAAAAUAACAGCCAUGCUUUUUUGAAAAUAAUGGUGGAAAGCAUAAAACAAACCAGGGAUGCUCAGGCUCCAGAUGACCCCAAGACAAAUGAGAAACUCUACAUUGUAUGUGAUAUUGCACUGUUUGUAAUCGUUAACAAAAGCACAACCUACCAUUUGGAGUCGCCCAAGGAUCCUGUACUGCCUGCUAAAUUUUUCACUGCACCAGAUAAAGAUUUCAUAAAUGAUAAGGAAUAUCUCUCAUUAGAAGCCAGAACUGUCCUUUUAACAGGAAAGCCUAAACCAGCCAGUGUGUUAGGAACAGUAAACAAGCCUCUGUCUGUUACUGGUAAGAGGCCAUACAAUAGGACAGCAGGUUCGGAAACUGGAAGCAAUGUGAGUGGACAUUCAGAGCCAAGCUCACCGUCAGGAAACAAAGGAAGAGAGCAGGGUACAGAAGCUUCAGAGACGGGAGCAAGUGAAAAUGAAGAGAACCCGGUUAUACUCCUGUCUGUGACGCCAGCUAAAACCGAACCUGUGAAAAGCAAGGAGGUGAUUUCUGAGCAGUCUGCUGCAGGCAAUGCCAGCACAGAGCGUGGAAAGAAGCGAGUGGCACCUGCUGAUGGAAGUGAGAACAUGCAUCAGAGCCCAGAGGAGAAUCAGCCAGGUGAAGUGGGUGGACCUGUACCCCCUAAACCCAGACGGGGACGGCCCCCCAAAUCACAGGUUCCAGGCAGCGCUGAGAAAAGCAGCGAGGCAAAGACAGGUGGGAGGGGGAGGAAGAGGGCUGCACCCACCGCAGCGAGUCCUGGGGAGUUGGAGGCAGCAAAUAUCAAAGUACCAAAACAGCAGAAGGACACUGAGGCAAAGAAAGCACCGGCACAGAGACAAAUGGAUUUGCAAAGCAGCCAGUUUUUGGGCAGUGAUGGCGAUUCUCUGUGGGAUGUAGAAUCCAGCCCAGAUUGCUUUGUAAAGGAGAUGAAUCUGUUUAGUAAUGAGAGCAGCCAGGAGGAGCUUACCGAGACAGAACUAACUCAGGGGGCCUCUCUUCAGGUAAAAAGGAGGACUGUACGAAGACCAAGAAAGUAGAACGCCUGUUAAAGGAUUUCUUCAGGACACCCAGAUCUGUACAGAAGCUGAAAUUCCUUAACUAUACAGCGCUUUGCUCUGAGAAUACAAAAAACAUUUUGAAAGCAAGCUUCUCCUCAGCAAACAUUUUGGGGAAUGAAAAAAAUUUAUGAAAUGGAGGCUCAAGCAUUUGUUCCUGCUUCAUGGACUUAUUUUGUAUGGAACUUUUAAAAUAUUAAUAUACUCAACGUUUGUGGUCCCAGCACAUGCAUAUUUUAUUUCUGCUGACAAGAUAGCUUGUCUAUUGGUUGUUUGCUGAAAGCAGUUUUACUUUUCAGAAGUCUCCAGGUUGACUUUAAAAAAAGAAUUAAGCCAAAUAAUUCCACUGCCUACUUACUCUUGCACGGGCAAAUUCAUUUUUGCCCAUCAUACAGUGUCAGGUGGAGGGAUAACUGGUAGGUUUUGGUGUUGUGUUAAACAAUGUUCCCAGUGAAAAUACAUGCAUUGAAAUCUAGCAGUUUUCAAAGUUAAUUGCUUGUUCUAGAAAAUACAAAUGUUGCAUUUUAGCAUUCCCAACAGAUGUUUAACCCUUAAGUUUUAUAGAUUUAGUUCUUGCCUACAUUUUUAAAUCACGACAGCAGUAGCAGGUGAUGUGGUUCUUUUACAGAGGCCUUUUAUUUUUAAUUUGGUUCGGAUUUUACAUUUUUGUAACAAUGGAGAAGGGUGCACAAGACCAUUCUUUUCUGUUAAUGUUUAUUACCACAUUUCACAACGAUGCUUAAGUAAAGGUUUUAAAAAAAGAAUUGGCUUUUAGAUGCCUGCAUAAAUAAAUUGGAACCAGUUCAGAAUUGUUGAUAUAUUCAGAGUGUUUUUAGAGACUGAAAAUAUUUUUUAAACAUGUUUUGCCAGUUUGUUUCCUUGUUUUAAGCCUCAUUUUGUUUUAUUUUAGUGAAAUACUUAACAUUUUAUUGAUAUGAUUCUGUGCAUUGUUUGGCAUAGUUGUGUACAGUUUAUGUACACAUGACCAUAUUUAAAUUUUUGUUGCAUAAAAUAAAUGCUUCUAGGUGUCAA